CUUUAAACGUGAAUAUAAAUAAUAUUUGAGUGGUGUUUAAUCAAAGUUUGGUUUAUAUGGCUCUCCAGAAAGCUAUCGAUAUUGUAACCAAUGCUGUAGAAGAAGACAAGAAAAGAAAUUACAAGAAAGCAUUGGAACAGUAUGAGAAAAGUGUAGAAUACUUUUUUCAUGCAAUUAAAUUUGAGGCCCCGUCUGAGAAGUCUAAGAAUUCCAUUCGUGAGAAAUGCAAGCAGUACCUAGACAGGGCCGAAAGGAUUAGACACUAUCUCAGUGAAAAACGAUAUCCAAAAUCCUUGGAGGACACAGAUGCUGGGGCAUAUGGAGGAACCGACGAUUUCCUCUACUAUGAGAAGAGCUUUGAGAAUAGGGUAGAAGGAGAAAAAGAGCAGUCUGAAAAGCUGAUUUUGGAAAUUGAAAGUAAAUUAAGAGACAAGGAACAAGAAAAUGCUUUACUCAAAACUGAAAGGGAUAACUUUGAGAAAGUAAAUAACAAGCUGAAUAGAGAAAUUAAAGAAUUGAAAGAUUUAUUACAUAGUGAUCCCGAAAUAGACAACAUACAAAAGAAGUUAGAGUCUAGUUUCAAUCUAACACUUAGUUAUGAGCUAGACGAGUUGAAAACAGAACAGAGAAAGGAGCGUAAGCAUCUUGUAGAACAACUAGGGAAAGGUUUUGAUAAAAAGAUUAAGGAGAAAGACAAAACAUUGAAACAGUUGGAACAGAAAUUUCAAGCAGAGGAAAAGAAAAGAAUAUUGCUUGAAGAGAAAUUUUAUUCAAAGCGGAAAAAGUGUAAAGAGCUGAAUAAAAGAGUUGAAGAGAUUGCAAAAGAGAAAUCUGAAAUGAAGAAAGAUUUUGAAAAGGAAAGAAAAACACUUGAGCAAGAAAUACAAGAGAAGGAUAGACUAAUCGAUAAACUGCGAGAGUCUAGAUAGAAAUUAUUGAGAAAAAUGAAAGCACACAGCUAAUACCGUAUGCAAGUAGCAAUUAUUACCCCAAAAUUACUUGAGUCUGCGACGGAAGGUACAUACU